AUGGAUACAACAAAUACAACAACAACAAUAACAACAACAAAUACAACAAACAAACAAUUAUUUAGUUUAAUCAUUGGAUCAAUAACACUAAGAAGAAUGAUAUUCAGUCAAGUCAAAGAGAUUACAACAAUUAUUGUAAAACCAAUGAUGGAUUUGGACCAAAGACCAAGAUCAGUCUUUGUAUUCAAAUGGAAAAAGUUAAAAACAAACAUUGAACUACUCUGCAAGUAUGGAUACUAUGACCUAGUAAAGUGGGCAAUUGAAAUCAAACCUGGUUAUUCAAUGUGGACUGAUCUACAAAAUUGUCUUCGAAAGGUGAUUCACCAAGCUUCGAUGGUUGGCAAUAUCGAUAUGUUGGAGUUUUGCUUGACCCAAGUCAACAAGAUGUCGCAAGCCAGUCGUUUUAUUGAUGAAGCAUCAUUCUUUGGUCAAAACCCAAUUAGUACUCCUCUUUAUUUUGCUGCAGUCAAAGGACAGUUUAAAGCACUCAAGCAUGUACUAGACAAUCAUUCAAGAUUCUACAUUGUCAAUGGUCAAUAUCAAUUUUGUAUUGCUCAAGCUCUUAUUGGUGCAUGCAGUAGUAAACUUGCUGCAGAGCGCAUUCAAAUGGUUUUGUAUCUUUUAGACAUUGGAAAGGAUCAACUCGAUGCAUACAAUUACACUACAUCUGCAAAUGCUGCAGCUUCAAUGGGAAAUGUUGAUGCUCUUAUUCUACUAAAGAAUGCGUCGAGUCAAAUAGAGUUGAAAUCAUUGGUUGGAAAUGCUAUUAGAAAUGGUCAUUUGGAAACUCUAAAGUACAUUCAUUCUGUGGAACCUGUCAGCAAAGAAUAUUUCAGCUCUUCUUUUGGAACUGGUAUUUCAGAUGCUAUAAGAGGUGGACACUAUGAAAUGGUGACCUAUAUCAAUGAUCAUCUAUGCCCAAUCAAAGAUACAGAACAUAAAAGAUGGCACUUGACCGAUCAUUUCCUAGAUUGUGCCAUACACUCUCACUCUCUUGCAAUGGUCGAACUCAUUCACAAACUUGAUCCACAAUCUUGCAGUGGUCGUGCAACCAUGACAAAUGCCGCACUCAACGGUGAUUUGCAUAUUGUUGAAUUUCUUCACAAAAACAGAACCGAGGGUUGUCUUGAUGGAACUGUUUUGGAUGUUGCCCUCGCAGGUCACUACAAUAUUGCAAAGUUUCUUUAUUCUAAUAGAACUGAACCAAUCGGUGAUUUAAAAGGUGAUAUGGGUUUACCUCCAAAUAUUUAUUCAAUGCUAAUUAAAAAUCGUUCAGAUUUAAUAAUUCAAUAG